AUGUUGGCGGUGUUUGCAAAAGCCAUUGGAAAACCACCGGAGGAACUUAUGCUUCCGGGAAUGGCCUGCAAUAAUUCCAAGACCCCAGAAGAAAUUGUAAACAAGUUUCAAUCUUUGUGGCCGGAUUCUACAGUUUACAACCUUUCAUAUGGGAACUUCAUGGCUUUAUCCCAUGAAUACGAGAGUCCAAUACACCAUAGGUCAAUUGUUGUUUUGGACGAUAUCUUCUGCAUUUUUGUGGGAAAUCUAGCAAACAUUGCUGACCUUAGACAUCAUUAUGGCCUCCCGAGACAAGCAACUGAAGCCAUGAUUGUGGUUGAAGCUUAUAAGGCCUUAAGAGAUAGAGCCCCCUACCCACCUGACCAAGUUGUUAAACAUCUUGAUGGAAAAUUUGCAUUUGUUAUUUUUGAUGCCAGGACAAACAUUCUUUUUCUAGCUAGGGAUCGUGAAGGAAGUGUGGAAUUUCAAUGGGGAAUGGCAAGAGAUGGAUCCUUAGUGUGCUCUGAUCACCCUAAAAUCAUUGAAGAGGGAUGUGGAAAAGCUUGUGCACGUUUUCCUCCCGGGUGCUUUUUCAUCAAUGGAAGUGGGUUGACAAGCUUUGAUCAUCCACUGCACAAGGUUCGAGCUAUUUUGAAUGAAGAUGACAGUGGAAACGUCUUGAGUGUAUAUUUUCAGGUGGAUUUGUACACAAAGAUUCCCAGCAUUCCUCGAUCUGGAAGUGCAGAUAAUUGGGCAGAUGCUGCUGUAGCCAAGGGAGAAUAA